UCAUCCUCUUUCGGUACACUGGUCUUCCCCCGCCAGCUGAGCGAGGGAUCGAAAGCUUGUCCAGCCAGAGGCAAAGGAAGCUAGCUGGUAAACACAGCUUCAUAAAACUGUAUAUCCAAUACAAGAGUUCAGAUAGUAAGAGUUGAAAGUUAUCAACAAAAUUCUCUGAAACUGAACACGGCGCGCUGACUUUGCAGCAAGAAGGAUUUGCUCCGCUUACGAAGAUCUACUAGUCUAGAUAUCUGCGUUUUGGUGGACGGUAGACAAGUCGAAAAAGGAAAGAGCCUUUUGAGCUUUGGAUGAUGGCAAUGGAGAAACUGUUGGGCAGCUUUUUGUUGCUGUUGGCGGCUGUUAUUCUGCCCUCAUCUGCUUCCCCAUUGCUUGGUGGAAAUGGGACAAGGAGGAGAACAGUUUGACCAUAGUAGAUAGACCGACUUCUGAGACAGCUCGUGUGAUCUAUAGACCAUCCCUUCAGGACCAAGGAGUUGAUGGGGUGGAAGGUCGCUUUGUAGUGCAGUAUGAUGUGGAACAUGGCCCUGCUGGAGAUCUUAUGGUGGUUGAUGGCUACUUCGUCCAUUUCUUCUCACCCAACCUGCCUCCAAUGCCCAAAGAUAUCAUCUUCGUCCUUGAUCUGUCAGGGUCUAUGUCUGGCACCAAGAUUAGUCAGCUGAUCAAUGCUAUGCAGGUUAUUUUGGGAGACCUGCAAGAACAAGACCGCUUUAACAUCAUCACUUUCAGCUCCUGGGUAAAGAAGUGGAAACCCACUCUGGUCUCUGCUGGGAACGAGGGCAUUAUGUCUGAGGCUCUGAGCUUUGUGGGCAGCAUGAGGGCAGAUGGAAUGACUAACAUCGAUAAGGCUCUGACAACAGCUGUCCAAGAAUUUGCCCGCGUCGAAGAGAGCGGACGAGCGUCAUUGGUCUUCUUUCUCACGGACGGUCAGCCCACAGAAGGAGUCCGGGACUCAAUGCAAAUCGCACGCAAUGUCAGAGGAGCCAACUCAAAAGAUUGCGCCAUCCUCAGUUUGGCCUUUGGAUCUGGUGCUGAUUUUGAGGCCCUGAAGACCAUUAGCGCUCAGAACUCUGGGUUUGCGAGGAAGAUUUAUGAAGCCUCAGAUGCAGCGCUUCAGGUAGCAUCUUUGUACAACGAGGUCUCUGCAGUAGUCAUGAAAGAUCUGACUGUGACCUACCUGAACAGCAGCGUAGACAAGUUCUCGAUAACUGAGGACACCUUCCCUGUGGUAUAUAACGGAACAGAGAUUGUUAUUUGCGGGUUUCUCCAUAAACCCGAGGGACGAUUUCAAGCUGAGAUCAAGGGAUUAAAGAAAUCUGGAGAGAUUGACCUGGUUUUUGAGACAGAGGAUGUGACGAAUUUUGUGAUCGAAGCUGAGGAGGAGGAGGGGAAAUCUGUCUUGUCUGGACCCAGAGACUACGCCGGUAUCGUAGAGAGGAUGUGGGCCUAUGUAACAAUCAAGCAGCUUUUGAAAGAGAAGGAGAGAGAGGCAAAUAAUGAGAAGAAGUCGGAGGAACUCAAACAGAAAAUCAUUGACAUGUCCUUGAAGUAUAAACUGGUCACACCGCUGACAUCGAUGGUGGUUACGAAGCCAGACUCAGAUGAGAAGAGCCAGGCAUCUCUUAAGGAUGUAGAUGCAGUGCAGGAGGAAUCAGUGUCUGCGUCUGGUGCAGCUUUCAUGAUGAGUGGAAUGCGUAGGCAUCAUAUGCCUAGUAGUCGGCAUAGAUCUCACAAGAAAAGCAAAACAGGUUUUCCCCCUCAAUUUUCUAUGGACCCGGUGGGGAUGAAUGGUUUCUAUGAUCCAGUCUUUAAUACCCACCGUCCCGGUCUUCCACCGAUGAGACCAACAGCACCAAAUUGGAGAAGACCAACAACGACAACAACGACGACGAGAAGACCAACUACAACUCGAAGGGUCAGACCAACCCGCCCUAAACGUCAAAGAUAUUCUCUGUUGUCAGCACUUGUUGUGCAGACUCCAUCUCGUAGCGCUUGUGCCGUGCCAAGGAAAGUGCAAGCUGGGAACUAUACCUUACUCAACAAAUCUGAUGGCACCUGGGUUACCAUGGAGACAGCUUGUCCACCCACCCGGAAAUGCAAGACUCCAAUUCUGACUUCGGUUAAUGUCACAGGUCCAGACGGAAAAGCCAUGGUCCUCAUGAACCGGACUGGUCGGAGUGACUGGACAUACUCCGCAGCGAGCAGUUACGAUGUUUUGGCAUCUGGCCAGGGGCUUACUGUUGAGGGUAUGCAAAUUAGUAUGCUUGCAUUUUAUUUGUUUUUGAGGUUGCGUUUUUACAUGGAUUGUAAACCCACCUUCAAAAUAACUGGCUGAUGGAGUGGGGGGGGGGGGGGGGGUGUCUUCUUGUGUCUGUAAAUUCACCUAGAAUCAAAAUCUCUGUUCCA